AUGUCUUCUCCGAAUAAUAAGUCACCUGCGAAUGGCGAUGGCGGGGCCGAUGAAAAACCGCGUCUCACUGAGGAGGAAAAGAAGCAGAACCACAUCGCAUCUGAGCAAAAGCGCCGGCAGGCGAUUCGUGAGGGCUUCGAUAAGUUGACAGAGCUGGUGCCCGGCUUGGAAGGUCAGGGCAGAUCUGAAGGAUUGGUCUUGAAGCGCACGGUGGAUUAUAUGCGAGAGCAACUCACAGAGCGCCAGGCGUUGGUUGACCGUGUUGAACAGGCUGGUGGUGAAGUGGAUGAAAAGCAUAAAAAGGCGUUAUAUCAGCAAGCGACAAACCCAGGUCGUACAAGAGGGUGA